AUGGUGAAUGCGAGUGGCUCAGAAGUGCCUAACCAGGUCUUGGGGGCGGUCAAGGAGGGCAUCAUCAAGGAGGUGACCCUUGGGAGGAGUCAAAGGUCAAGGAGCACCCACCAGGCGGAGCGUGUGGGCAACAGCACCACAGGCAUAGGGAACAGCAUGUGCAAAAGCACAGAGGCAGAGGGCAUGGCUGGAGUGGCCCAGACCCAGCAAAAGAAACCAGGCAACGCCUCCGGCCGCUCGCACCCGGCCAGCCCCAGCCCACCCGGCCCGCAGGCUGGCCCGGUGCUGCCGGUCAGCUACCGCCUGUCGCGGACGCGGCUGGCCUUCUUCCUGCGGGACGCGCGGCCCCCGCCGCCUGCGGUGGCCAACGGCUCCCUGCAGCGCUCCGAGCCCUUCGUGGUGUUCCAGACCAAGGAGCUGCCCGUCCUCAACGUCUCCCUGGGGCCCUUCAGCACCAGCCAGGUGGUGGCCCGGGAGCUGCUGCAGCCGUCCAGCACCCUGGACAUCCCCGAGCGCCUGACGGUCAACUGGAAGGUGCGGGCCUUCAUCGUCCGCGCCCGCGUGCCUGCCUCGCAGCCCGAGGCCCAGGUGCUGUUCUACGUGGCCGGCCGCGACUGGGACGACUUCGGCGUCACCGAGCGGCUGCCGUGCGUCCGCCUGCACGCCUUCAGGGACGCGCGGGAGGUCAAGAGCUCCUGCCGCCUCAGCGGGGGCCUGGCCACCUGCCUGGUGCGGGCGGAGCUGCCCCUGGCCUGGUUCGGGCCCCCAGCCCCCGCCGCGCCGCCCGCCGCCCGCCGCAAGUCCCCGGAUGGGCUGGAACCCGAGGCGGCCGGGGAGAGUCAGCAGGCUGAGCUCUACUACACCCUCCACGCCCCGGACGCGUCUGGGGGCUGCGGGGGCGCCCGUCGGGGGACCGGGCCCGGGGCAGGCGCCCGCGCGGAGAGCCCCACCCAGCACCCGCUGCUGCGCAUCGGGAGCAUCAGCCUGUUCCGCCCGCCCCCCAGGAGGACCCUGCAGGAGCACAGGCUGGAUAGCAACCUGAUGAUCCGCCUGCCUGAUCGGCCCCUCAAGCCUGGCGAGGUGCUCAGCGUCCUCCUCUACCUGGCCCCCAACUCCUCCUCUCCCUCCAGCCCCAGCGUGGAGCAUUUCACACUCAGGGUGAAGGCCAAGAAGGGUGUGACCCUUCUGGGCACCAAGUCACGGAGUGGUCAGUGGCAUGUGACCUCGGAGCUGCUGACUGGGGCAAAGCACUCAACAGCCACUGUGGAUGUGGCCUGGGCGCAGGGCACACCCCUGCCCCCCUGGGAAGGCCAGGGGCCCCUGGAGAUCCUGCAGCUGGACUUUGAGAUGGAGAACUUCACCAGCCAGUCGGUCAAGAGGAGGAUCAUGUGGCACAUUGACUACCGCGGCCGCAGCCCCCUGCCUGACCUGGAGCGGGCGGUCACCGAGUUGACGGUCAUCCAGCGGGAUGUACAAGCCAUCCUGCCCCUAGCCAUGGACACAGAGAUCAUCAACACGGCUAUCUUGACGGGCAGGACGGUGGCCAUCCCUGUCAAGGUCAUCGCCAUCGAGGUGACUGGACUUGUCCUAGAUGUCUCUGCCCUGGUGGAAUGCGAGUCUGACAAUGAGGACAUCAUCAAGGUAUCCAGCAGCUGUGACUACGUGUUUGUGAGUGGAAAGGAGUCUCGCGGGUCCAUGAACGCCAGGGUCACCUUCCGCUAUGACAUCCUCAACGCCCCCCUGGAAAUGACAGUCUGGGUCCCCAAGCUGCCCCUGCACAUCGAACUCUCGGACGCACGCCUCAGCCAAGUGAAGGGCUGGAGGGUACCUAUCCUCCCCGACCGGAGGUCGGCCCGGGAGAGCGAGGACGAGGACGAGGAGGAAGAGGAGCGUAGGCAGAGCGCCAGCCGCGGCUGCACCCUGCAGUACCAGCACGCCACUCUGCAGGUGUUCACCCAGUUCCACACGACAUCGUCCGAGGGCACCGACCAGGUGGUCACCAUGCUGGGCCCGGACUGGCUGGUGGAGGUCACUGACCUGGUCAGCGACUUUAUGCGGGUGGGCGACCCCCGCGUGGCACGCAUGGUGGACAGCAGCACGCUGGCGGGCCUGGAGCCAGGCACCACGCCCUUCAAGGUGGUGUCCCCGCUGACGGAGUCUGUGCUUGGGGAGACGCUGCUAACAGUGACGGAGGAGAAGGUCAGCAUCACACAGCUGCAGGCCCAGGUGGUGGCCAGCCUUGCCCUCUCCCUGCGGCCCAGCCCGGGGAGCAGCCACACCAUCCUGGCCACCACGGCCGCCCAGCAGACCCUCAGCUUCCUCAAGCAGGAAGCCCUCCUGAGCCUCUGGCUCUCCUACAGCGAUGGCACCACAGCCCCACUCUCCCUGUACAGCCCCCGGGACUACGGGCUGCUGGUGAACAGCCUGGAUGAGCGGGUGGCCACGGUGACCCAGGACCGGGCCUUCCCGCUGGUGGUGGCCCAGGCCGAGGGGGCGGGGGAACUGCUUCGUGCAGAGCUCACCAUCGCUGAGAGCUGCCAGAAAACCAAGCGCAAGAGUGUGCUGGCCACGACCCCCGUGGGCCUGCGGGUGCACUUUGGGCGGGACGAGGAGGACCCCACGUACGACUACCCCGGGCCCAGCCAGCCGGGCCCCGGCGGGGGCGAGGACGAGGCCCGGGGAGCCGGCCCACCGGGCACCGCGCUGCCCCCAGCCGAGGCCCCGGGCCCGGGCACCGCCAGCCCCGCGGUGCCGCCCACAGAAGACUUCCUGCCGCUGCCCACCGGCUUCCUGCAGAUGCCGCGCGGGCUCACGGACCUGGAGAUCGGCAUGUAUGCGCUGCUGGGCGUCUUCUGCCUCGCCAUCCUCGUCUUCCUCAUCAACUGCAUCGUCUUCGUGCUGCGCUACCGGCACAAGCGCAUCCCGCCCGAGGGCCAGACCAGCAUGGACCACUCUCACCACUGGGUGUUCCUGGGCAACGGGCAGCCGCUGCGGGGGCAGGCGGAGCUGUCGCCGCCCGCGGGCAACCCGCUGGAGACCGUGCCCGCCUGCUGCCACGGCGACCACCACAGCAGCGGCAGCUCACAGACCAGCGUGCAGAGCCAGGUGCAUGGGCGGGGCGACGGCUCGUCGGGCGGCUCCGCCCGGGACCAGGCCGAGGACCCCGCCAGCUCGCCCACCUCCAAGCGCAAGCGGGUCAAGUUCACCACCUUCGCCACGCUGCCCACGGAGGAGCUGGCCUAUGACUCGGUGCCCGCCGGCGAAGAGGACGAGGAGGACGAAGAGGACCUGGGUUGGGGCUGCCCGGAUGUGGCGGGCACCACGCGGCCCACCGCGCCCCCAGACCUGCACAAUUACAUGCGCAGAAUCAAAGAUAUGGCGUAGAGGCGCCGUCCCGCCCCCUCCCCCCGGGGGGGUGGGCUCUGUGUGGGACGCGACCGGGACCCCUGCUCACACUGACGCGGGCGGGCCGAAGCGGAUGUCGUACUCCCUGCCCCUGCAGCUUUGCUCUGUGCUGGGCGGCCGCCUGCCCCAGCUGGGCCUUCCCCGCGGCCACCUUGCAUCAUACCCAAUUGUGCCACCGAAGGCGGAGGGCUCCUUCCUCAGGAGCUUGCUAGGAGGAAAGCAAUCCUUGUUCGACUCUUUCCAAACCUCCUCCCAUCUUAGACAACCCCCUGCCCCAAAAGUGAGGCAUGGAGGCCAAGCUUGGGGUGAGGUGGGCCCACACUGUGCCCUGCCCCUGCCCCCCCCCCACGUCCCCUGUCUUCCCCCUGUGUGGGGGAGCUUUGGGGGGGGUCUUGUGUCACAAGCUGCACAAAGACUUU